AUGUUUUGGCCCUUCAUAAGUCGAUACCCAGAGCGUAGAGUCGCCGACGUGGCUGGCAAGAGCUACGACUACAUCAUAGUCGGGGGCGGAACAGCAGCAUGCGUGAUCGCCUCUCGACUCAGCGAAGACCCCAAUGUCAGCGUCCUCGUCAUAUCCAAGGGCAAAGUCAAGGACGACUGGUUGAAUAGCAUGCCCAUUGUUGGCAACGCAAGAGAAAACUACGGGUCCGACAUCGAUACCAUCCCUUCAGAACCCGACGAACAAUGGAGCGGCGUUCCGGUCAGAUACUUCGCAUCGCAGGCGCUCGGCGGAGCAUCCAUACACAACGGGCUGCAGUACACGCGCGGACCUCCCGCCAACUACAACCACUGGGCAGCUCUCGGCAACGACCAAUGGAGUUUCGAGAAGUGUGAGCCCUACUUUAAGAAGCUUGAGAAUGCCUCGUCUCAGCCCAAGGCGCCCUAUCGCGGUCAUAAUGGCCCAAUCCAUAUCAGACAAGACCCGUCCUUGAAUUCCGUCGAUAAGUAUAUCGAGGAAGCAGCAAAGGACAUGAAUUUGCCCGUGCGGAACGACAUCAACAACCCGAAUGCCCCGCCAGAAGCCUUAUUUGAGAUCGAGCACAUGAUCACUAAGACUGGACAUCGCAACUCCGCCCAGGUGGGCUAUCUGCCCAAGUCGCUUGUGCUGGGGCGCCAGGAAACCCUCACCAUUUGCAGCGGCGCCGUGGCCACGAGACUCCAAUUCAACCAAGAUGGAACAGAAGCAACCGGUGUAUACAUCUUGGAUCGCCUUGACCAAAAGUCGGCGAAAGAAUGUCUUGUCAGUGCAAAUAGGGAGGUCAUUGUCAGCUGCGGUGCCCUAUUCAGCCCCCAGUUUCUCAUGCUGAGUGGAAUUGGCCCCAAGGAACAGCUUGAACAACACAAGAUCCCCUUGGUGCGACACGUACCCGGAGUCGGAGCAAACCUCAACGACCACAUCGCCUUCAGCAUCGCCUUUCAAGUCCGCCUUGCUGAUUCUUAUAUCCGCCUACUCAACCCUCUCAUAGCCAUCUGGCACCUUCUUCUCUUCAUCUUCACGAAGACGGGCAUUUUCUCACGUUCAGGUGCUCGACUGUGCGCCUUUCUUUCCAGCGAGAAUAUCGACGAGAAGACCAUGACGCUGAAGCCACCCAAGGAUGCCUCCGAUGAGCAGCGCAGGAGGGAUCCGCAUCUUCCAGAGAACGCCCCCGAUGUGGAGCUUCUGUUCAUCAACGCGGCGUUCGACUAUGAGAGGGGAAAGGGGUACUGCGGCUUCCAGACGUGUCUCGUCCAGCCCUUUUCAAGGGGUCGGAUCGAAUUGGCGUCUUCAGAUCCCCUGGCCUUUCCCAAGUUUUACUCUCAGUUCCUCACGGAUCCGCGCGACUGGGCGGUGGCGCGAAAGGCAGCCCGUUUCGCGAUGAACUACGUCGAGACGUUCCGGAAAUCCAAGUAUCCUUUCAACUCCACCUGGCAUAUUGCUCCUGGAGUCCAGCGAGGAAGUAUGGAGGGCAGUUGGAAAGACGUGUCGGAUAAGGAGAUGGACAGGUUUCUCAGAGAGCGGCUGCUCAACUUCUAUCACCCGACCUCAACCUGCCAUAUGGGCUUAGAGAAGGAUGGCGCUGUCGUUGGCCAGGAUUUGAAGGUUCACGGGUUCAAGAAUCUGAGGGUCGCAGACGCGAGUGUGUUUCCGAUGGUCACCAGUGCCCACACCACGGCUCCAGUCUAUAUGGUUGCAGAGAGAUUUGCGUAG